AUGCUUACAGAAAGUCUUGAUGAUGAGACUGCUUAUUGGGAUACACCAUACAAGAACUCGGCUAGGAUAGUAGAAGAGGAAGCGAAUGAAGUUAAGAAGCUUCCCAGGGUUCAGUCAAACGAUGAUAUAUAUUUUGAUGAGGAUGUCAAUCAUAAUUCCACACU